ACCAAUCACCGUCCUUAUAUUUCCCUCCACAAACCCUAAACCCCUCUUUUUCUCUCUCCCUGUGUACUCCCAUUCAGCGCCUCAAAACUCAGACCCAUCUCUCUCUCUCUCUCUCUCUCUGUCUUAUUGCCUCAAAGAGUGCAGAGUCUCUUUGAAGCCAUGGCUUUGGUCCUGCAUGCGGGGUGCACCAACAAGAAUGCUUUUAAGGCACUUAUUGCUGCGGAGUACAGUGGAGUUGAAGUUGAAUUGGUGAAGGAAUUUGAAAUGGGUGUGUCAAACAAAACUUCUGAGUUUCUCAAGAUGAACCCAAUUGGAAAGGUUCCUGUGCUCGAGACACCUGAUGGUCCUGUAUUUGAGAGUAAUGCCAUUGCACGCUAUGUGACACGCGUGAAGGCUGAUAAUCCUCUCUAUGGCUCUUCACUGAUUGAAUAUGCCCAUAUUGAACAGUGGAUUGAUUUUGCUUCAAUGGAAAUUGAUGCUAACAUAUCGCGCUGGUUAUACCCACGAUGCGGUUUUAUGGUUUACCUUCCACCGGCUGAAGAAGCUGCAAUUGCUGCACUGAAGAGAGCACUAGAUGCUUUGAAUGCGCAUCUUGCUUCCAACACUUACCUUGUUGGGCAUUCUGUGACACUGGCUGAUAUCAUUAUGACUUGUAACUUGUAUACCGGAUUUGGCCGGAUCUUGACUAAGAGUUUUACCUCUGAAUUCCCUCAUGUAGAGAGGUACUUUUGGACCUUAGUUAAUCAGCCAAAUUUCCAGAAGAUAUUAGGUGAGGUGAAGCAAGUUGAAUCUAUUCCACCUGUUCAGUCCACAAAGAAGCCUUCACAGCCAAAAGAACCUGCAAAACCUAAGGAGGUCAAGAAAGAAGCAGCACCACCUAAAGCAGAAGAGGCUGCUGAGGAGGAAGAGGCACCCAAGCCCAAAGCAAAGAAUCCUCUUGAUCUUUUGCCCCCUAGCAAGAUGAUUCUGGAUGAAUGGAAAAGGCUGUACUCAAACACAAAAACUAAUUUCCGUGAGGUUGCAAUUAAAGGGUUUUGGGACAUGUUUGAUCCUGAAGGCUACUCCCUUUGGUUCUGUGAUUACAAGUAUAAUGAUGAGAAUACUGUAUCGUUUGUUACUUUGAACAAGGUGGGGGGUUUCCUGCAACGUAUGGAUUUGGCUCGUAAGUAUGCAUUUGGGAAGAUGCUGAUUAUUGGCUCAGAGCCUCCAUUCAAGGUGCAAGGGUUGUGGCUCUUCCGUGGAACAGAAAUUCCUCAAUUCAUUAUUGAUGAGUGUUAUGAUAUGGAAUUGUACGAAUGGAAGAAGGUUGACAUUAAUGACGAAGCCCAGAAGGAGCGUGUCAGUCAAAUGAUUGAAGAUUGUGAGCCUUUUGAGGGGGAGGCUUUACUGGAUGCCAAGUGCUUCAAGUGAUAAGGAUAUACUACUGAGAAGUAGAUCAAUUGUUAUAGGGUCCUCUUUAUGACAAGCUUCAAUUCAAAUUUUCUAGGUUUUUGCUCCAGACAAAAUUGGUUCUUUUCUCAUAUUUUUGCAGUAGUAGUUAAAUGACACUGGUAUCAUCUUAUGUUUUUUGGUCUCAAGACAAUGUGGUGGGAUAUCGAUAGACACAUUGAAUUAUAUUAGGUAAUGGUGUUAGCUCAUUGUAAUAAGCUUAAAAGCAUUAAUGGUAACCUUCUGAUCAGAGCACACUGAUCCAAGAGGUCUUACCAGUUCAACUCCAAUUUUAUGGGACUAGCACAACACCCGUAUUCUUUCUAAUUCUAGCUUUUGAAGUUAUACUGCUUUUUUACAUUU